AUGCAACUCUCUAGCUCACCUGAUAACUCCACCAAAAGUGACAAAGACUCUCUACAAGAAGAGAUUCCAACAGUUUUCAAUGGAAACCUACCGAACAGUUACUCUGGGAACGACUCAGACACUGGCUCCAUUCACACCUCGCAGUCUCACAUAGACAGAACAUUGAGUAGAAGACUUUCAGGUGUAGAAGACUUGUACGAAGAAGCUCUGAAAUGCACUGAUCCACUCCCGACAAUGGGAGGAGGGAAGCCGUAUCCACCGAUGCUUCCAGAUCGAGAUCCAUAUGCUGUCGCAUGGGAUGAGCCUGAAGAUGAAGAGUAUCCACUCAAUUGGCCGUUGCACAAGAAGAUUUCCGCAUGUUUGUCAUCAGUUGUAGCCACUUUUGCUGUGGUGGUAGGUUCAGCAUUUUUUGCCGAAUCUGCCUAUCCACUUAUGGAGCUCUAUCAUGUAGGCUGGACAGUUGCUGUUCUAGGGGUUUCGCUAUUUAUUUUUGGAUUUGCCUCGGGCCCCGUGGUGUGGGGUCCAUUAUCGGAGUUAUAUGGUAGAAAGCCGAUCUUGAUGAUGUCCGUCUUCGGCUACAUGUGUUUCUGUUUUGCUGUGGGUUCAGCCCAAGAUAUUCAAACUGUUAUGAUCUGUCGCUUUUUCGCCGGUUUCGUUGGUGCUGCGCCCUUGGUAGUUGCUCCUGCUGCGGUGGCUGAUGUGUUCAGUGCUAAAGCCCGAGGGAAGGCCACAACGUACUUUGCAAUGGUCAUAUUUGGUGGGCCAAUGUUGGGCCCAAUUUUGGGUGCAUUUACCGUGAAAAAUCCUCACUUGGGAUGGCGUUGGACCUCUUACUUAUGUGGAAUAGCCGCGGCUGUCUCUUUGAUCGCUAUUUGGCUCACAUUUGAGGAGACUCAUCACGGAAUUAUUUUGGCUAGAAGAGCUGAGAUAUUGAGAAGAAGAACUGGCAAUUGGGGUAUCCAUGCCCCUCAUGAGACCGUAAGUCUUUCCAUCAAGGAGAUUUGUGAGAGAAACAUCACUCGUCCUCUUCUAAUGUUGGUCACCGAACCCAUUUUGUUUUUGGUCACUCUCUACAACUCCUUUAUCUAUGGCUUACUUUACUUGUUCUUAACGGCAGUACCCAUGAUCUUCACGAGAUACCAUUUUGCUCAAGCAGUCGAUCUGCUUCCAUAUCUUGCCAUGCUAAUUGGAUGUUUGACCGGAGGUGUCAUCAGCGUCUUCAUGAACAGGCGAUACGUCACCACUAUGGAAAAGAAUGACGGUAAGGGCAUUCCUGAGGAAAGACUUCCACCCAUGAUGGUAGGAAGUGUCUUAUUUCCUAUUGGCAUGUUUUGGUUGAGUUGGACAGGGGAUUUUCCAGAUAAGAUCCAUUGGAUAGUUCCUACGCUUGGGCUUGUUCCAAUUGGCAUGGGUUUGACCCUCAUUUUUUUACCAUGUCUUAAUUACAUUGUUGAUUGCUAUCUACUUUUUGCUGCUUCUGCAUUAGCCGGGAAUGCAUUCUUGCGUUCUGCUUUCGGUGCUGCCUUUCCACUUUUUGCUAGGCAAAUGUUCGAUAGAAUGGGGAUUAGAUGGGCAGGAACUGUCUUGGGCUGUGGAGCGUUAAUUUUGUUGCCUGUCCCCUUUUUGUUCUACAAGUUUGGCAAAAAGUUGAGGCAAAAGUCAAAAUGGACAUUCGAUUUGUGA